AGAGUCGACAUUACUGUCUUGCCCCUAUUGUUCUUGGGUCUCCUUGUCUUCCAACUCGAUCGCAUGAACUUGGCUUCCGCGCUCACAGAUGGUUUCGCAAAACAGAUUGGGGUCAAUCAGAAUACUAUCAAUCUUGGCAACCAAUUGAUGUUCCUAGGAAUCGUGGUUCUAGAAAUUCCAGCCAACAUGGUAUUGCAGCGGGUCGGACCGCGGAAAUGGAUGUCGGCACAGGUUUUUUUAUUCGGUCUCGUAGCCACCCUUCAAGUUUUCGUAAAGAAUAGGACCGGGUUCCUUGUAUCGCGAGCGUUCCUUGGACUUUGCGAAUCAGGCUACAUCCCUGGCGGCAUCUAUACCUUAUCAACCUGGUACACAAAGUCUGAGCUGGCCAAAAGAGUCGCAAUAUUUUUCUUUGGCAUGUUUGGCGGGAAUGCGAUCAGUCCACUUCUAGCCUCUGGUAUUUUGAAGCUUGGAGGUCGCGGCGGGUUGAAAGGGUGGCAGUGGCUUUUCCUGUUGGAAGGAUGCUUUACCAUGUGCGUAUCGCUAGUCCUUCUAUUCCUCCUGCCUGGCUCGCCUGAUCAGCCUCGGCCGCUGUUGUCGGGGGGCUUCAUUCGCUUUAGUGAAUCGGACCAGCAUGCACUACAGCGACGCCUCGAGGAAGACAACGAAGAACUGAAGCCGGGAGCGCAAGGGAUGCGCAUCCCGCCUUCCCUCAUCUGGAAAACACUAAAGAACUACCGUCGCUGGCCGCACUUCGUCUCCACUUUCGCAGUCUUCUCCACGUGGAGUUCCCUCACAACCUACACACCUUCCAUCAUCAUGGCCCUCGGCUUCACUCGCAUCGAGGCCAAUGCCCUCGCCUGCGUGGGCGGCUUCCUCGCCCUAGGCAUCGUUUUCUUCUUCGGCUGGCUGUCCGACAAGACAAACAAGCGCGGCCACGCCGUCAUCCUCGCACAGGCCUGCUACCUCAUAAUCCUCAUCAUCGCACGAUCGGUACAUCCUCAUGUCGGCAAAUGGUCCCGUUGGGGCUUAUGGACAACGAUCAACGCAUUCGCCAUCGGGUAUCAUCCCGUGCACAACUCUUGGGUGCAGCUCAACUGCAAAGAUCCGAGGGAGAGAAGCAUCUCAAUUGCGAUGUGGGUCAUGUCUGCGAUAAGCGGGCUCAUGGCGGGCACCCAGUACUUCAGAGCAGACGAUGUACCAUUCUAUGGCAAGGGGCUGCGGACGAUGAUUAUUAUGGUGGGGGUCGGGAUGGUCGCUGCUAUUGCACAAGAAGUAGUCUAUUGGGAUUACAACCGCAAGGCGAGGAGGAGAUGGGAAGAGAGUGGGGGAGAGAAGCCCUGGUUCUACGUUCCGUGA